AUGACGGGGUGCAAGAAGAUCGGCGAUGAUGGUGCGGCGGAAGAGGAGGGCGGCGUCGACGUCGAGUGCAGCAUCUGCUUCGACGCACUGCUGCGCGGGGAGGCCGUGGAGCUGCCGGGGUUCCAAGCAAAAGAGCUUUCCCGACAUCUUCCUGGUGCCAUUCCUCGGGAGCCAUGGGUGCUGACUUCCCCUAAAAGCGGUGGCCCGCCACGUGCUUACGACGCGGCCCGGGUGCUCAUGACGGGGUGCAAGGAGCUCGGCAACAACCAUGGUGUGGCGGGAGGCGACGGCGAGGCCGACUGCAGCGUCUGCUUCGACGCGCUGUACGGGGAGGCCGUGGAGCUGCCGGGCUACGCGCACACCUUUCCCCGACGCUGCAUCUCCAAGUGGUUCCGCUGGAAGUCAAUAUGCCCGCUGUGGGAGAAUUUUUAUUUUUUAAUUUUUAAUUAA